GUUAAAAUUUUGCCGCACGAGAAAGGGGGCGUGGUAGCUGUAGCUUGUGUAUAUGUGGCCGUCACAGAACGUUAUCAAUACGUAAAUUGCCCCCAGCAGUCGAUUGUCAAUUGUCGCUUUAACAGCAGCUCGGUUCCGUGUUCAGUCUUUUCUCGUUUGCCGCCGGGUUGUGACAUCACUGUCAAAAAUCCAGCAGCUGCCUGCCCUGCCUUUCCCUUUUUCCUUAAUUCUGUUCUGCUUUCAUCUUUAGUCUAAAUUCGAAAAAAACACUUUUUCUGCAGUGCGCGAUCCUACGGUCAAUAACACUUAGCCACCAUGUGUACACCAGCAGGCCAGUUGAUGCGUGAGAUCAAGAACAUGACGCUUUCGGGCGAUAAGGAGCUGGAUGACCAGAUCCGCAAAUGGGUCCGGUGGGACAAGUGUCCCAGCACCUCCUGCCAGAUCAUGGACGCCGUCCGUGCUAAGGACUGGGAUACGCUGCGCAAGAGGCUGUGCAACCGGAUCACGUUUGGAACGGCAGGCUUGCGAGCCACGAUGCGGGCGGGCUUCGAUUCGAUGAACGAACUAGUGGUCAUCCAGACGGCUCAAGGGUUGUGUGAGUACAUAAAGGAGCAGUAUCCGAAUCGGGAGGACUGGACCGAACGGGGCGUUGUCUUCGGGUAUGACGGUCGGUACAACAGCCACCGCUUCGCCGAGCUGUCGGCCAUUGUGUUUCUGAACAAUGACUUCAAGGUGUGGCUGUACAAGCGGUACGUACCCACACCCAUGGUCCCGUACGCCAUCGUGCGGUUGCAAUGCCUGGCCGGCGUCAUGGUGACCGCCUCCCAUAACCCCAAGGAGGACAAUGGUUACAAGGUGUACUGGAGCAACGGAGCCCAGAUCAUACCGCCGCACGACGAGGGCAUUCAGGAGGCGAUCAUGAACAAUCUGGAGCCCAGUGCCUCUUCAACAGACGACUCGGUGAUGUGUGCGAACUCUAUGCUCGAGGAUCCAUACGACAUUGUCGUGCCGCCCUACUUCGACGCCCUGAAGAAGAGCUUGAACUGCACCAUGUUUGAGUCCAACAACAAGUGUGGGCUCUCCUUCACAUACACAGCCAUGCACGGCGUGGGCUAUGAAUUCGUAAAGAUGGCCUUCGCCAAGGUCAAUCUGAAGCCGUUCAAUUCGGUGUGCGAGCAACAGGAGCCCGACCCAGAGUUUCCGACUACGCCCACGCCAAAUCCAGAGGAGGGCAAGACCUCUUUGGACUUGGCCAUUAAGACGGCCAAGGCUAAAUGCAGCCAAAUCAUUCUGGCCAACGAUCCGGACGCCGAUCGUCUGGCAGUGGCCGAGGUGGGCGACGAUGGCAACUACAAGCUCUUCACUGGCAACGAAGUCGGCGCCCUACUCGGAUGGUGGGCAUUGGAGCUCUACAAGAUCCGCAACCCUGGCGGGGACUUGAGCAACGUCGUGAUGAUAGGCAGUACGGUGAGCUCAAAGAUUUUGAGGUCCAUGGCGGAGGAGGAGGGCUUCCAGUAUAUCGAGACGCUGACGGGCUUCAAGUGGAUGGGAAACAAGGCCAUUGAGCAGCAGGCGGCGGGUAAGACGGUGCUGUUUGCCUUCGAGGAGGCCAUCGGCUACAUGUUCGGUACAGCUGUGCCGGACAAGGACGGAGUCAGUGCAGCCGCCCACUUGGCCACCAUGGCGUGCUAUCUGCGCUGUCAGCUGUGCAUGACGCUUCAGGAGAAGUUGCGUGACAUUUACGAGUCCUACGGCUUCAGCACGACCAUCGCUUCCUAUGUCAUCUGCCGCUGCCCGCCGCUGAUAGAGCAGAUUUUCGAGCGCCUACGCACCUGGGAUGAGGGCAAGGCAGAUACCUAUCCGACCAGCAUCAUGGAUGGAGAGUACGAGAUUGAGAACGUUUGCGACCUUACCACGGGCUACGACAGCAGCACCAGCGACAAGAAGGCCACGCUGCCCACCAGCUCCAGCUCCCAGAUGAUCACAUUUACCUUCAAGAAUGGCGCGGUGAUCACUCUCCGCACCAGCGGCACCGAGCCUAAGAUGAAGUACUACGCUGAGAUGCGCGCCAAGCCGGAAGUGAAGAACUGGACCAAGCUGAGCAACACCCUCAACACAAUGGUGGAGGCUGCUGUCGAGGAGUUUUACGAGCCGAAAAAGAAUGGGCUUCAGCGCAAGAAGGACUAAUCUGGACUGGAUGUGGAAUGGCGAAAAAGCUCUUUCAAAAUUUGACGAUUGCGUUCUGGCUAAAAUUAUUAGUUCUUUACCAACAGCACUGACACACACACAAGCCAAAAAACACAGCCAACAGCUGCGAGCGCACGCUGUUGAAUGUUAGUUGUAGACCGAUUAAUUUCAUGUGUUAAUAUUAUAUUCUACCAACCAAUAAUUAUGAACGAAAAUGUAAAUAAAAUCGGAUGACACCAUCUGCACCAACCCAGAA